AUGCAAAAGAUUGGACAACACACCUUGUACGAUGCCCAGACGGGAGUCUAUACCUCAGACGUCCCAUUCAGCCUGGGAUCAGCUUCGAGCGUCUUUGAGUAUCUUCUUGGAUCUGUCGACUUUGACGAUCAACAAGAAGUCUUGCGCGAAUGCGGCAGUGGUCGGACCAUCUCACUUGGUCGCCUCAAGCUGGACGCUCAGAGGCUGGGUACCGGUCUGAUCACCAAGGGCAAGCUCAAGCCUGGUGAUACGGUGCUCCUCUAUCUGUACUCGUCGAUCGACUUUGCCGUGGCUCUGCUUGCGGCUCAGUUCGCAGGGCUUCGAACUGCGCUGGCCAACCCGGACUAUAUGCCGACCGAACUCAAGCACGUCUAUCAACUCACCAAGCCGAAAAAGGUCUUUGUUAGUUGCCAAGAGAGGCACAGGAUCAGCGAAGCCGGCAUCGAUGCUGAUCAUCAGAUCCUCACUGAUGGCGAUGGUGCUGACCUCAACGGAGCGCAGUCAAUCAAGGGUCUUAUGUCGGACGAGGCUACAGCAAAGCAAGCCAAGGCACACAAACCUGCCGACCUGAACGACACAGCCUUUUUGCCCUUCAGCAGUGGCACCACCGGUCUGCCCAAAGCCGUCGAGAUCUCGCAUCACAAUGUCAUCAGCAUGGUCGAGAUCUUCCACCACGCGCCUUCGAUGUUUGCGAGAAACGAGGAUGCAUCAGAGAUGCAGUUCCGCACACUGACCUUCCUGCCCUUCUUCCACGCUUAUGCGCUCGUCCUCAUGCUGCUCUAUCCCAUUCGCAAACGCGGACACGUCAGCGUCAUGCGACCGUUCCAGCCCGAAGCAUACUGCCGUCUGACCAGGGAGCUCAAAGUCAACGUUCUCGGUCUUGUCCCGCCCGUACUGACCUUGCUGACCAAGCAUCCCCACGCGACGCCGGAAGCCUUUGCUUCCGUGCAAAAAGUGGUGUGUGGUGCAGCACCGCUCGACUUUGAAACGCAGCAGGCAUUCGAGCAGAAAAUACGAGUGCCGGUCCAGCAAGGUUACGGCAUGACGGAAACCACGGUUGGUGUACUCGGGCUUCCUGGCAACCGCAUGGCUCCGGGCUCUGUCGGAAGCCUGCUGCCGGCUACCAAGGCGCGCAUCUGCGAUGUGGAGACAGGCAGACAUGUGGGGCCGGGCGAACGCGGGGAACUGCAGAUCAACGGCCCGCAGGUGUGCAAGGGCUACUACGGUAACCCUGCCGCCACUCGAGACACCAUGACUACCGACGGCUACCUUCGAACGGGCGACAUUGCCGUCGUCGACGCGAGCACGGGCGAGUUCAGCAUCGUCGACCGUCUCAAAGAACUAAUCAAGUACAAAGGCUUCCAAGUGGCCCCCGCCGAACUCGAGGGCGUGCUCGUCUCGCACCCGGCAAUCGCUGCCGCCGCCGUCGUCGGCGUCUACGACAAACACCAAGCCACCGAACUCCCCCUGGCCUUCAUCGAGCUCAAGCCAAACCAUCCCCGUUCCACCGACACCGUCAACCAGAUCGACGCCUUUGUCAGAGCCAAGGUCUCGCACCACAAGUACCUGCGAGGUGGCAUCCGCUUCCUCGACAAGGUGCCCGUCAGUGCCAGCGGCAAGAUCCUGCGCAAAGAGAUUCGCAAACUGCUCCAAGACGAGGUCCAGGCCAAAGGGUCGCCAGCCGCCAAGGCAAACCUGUAA